GAAGCAUCAAGCAAAGAGAUAUAUACGACAAAUGACAAAGCCACUAACCCCGUGAUUGACGCCACCAUGUAGACCUGUUCAGAAUCGGCAUACACCCAUCACAAUGUGUGCCAUUGGUCCAGAUCAUCGUUGCUUGUGGUUGAUUGACGAUGAGAUCCGCUGCUCCAGUCGACCUUGACCUGAUCAUCUUCACUAUUCACCAGCCUGCCUCCGCUAAUCAGGCGGAACUUCAAAUCGGCAUGCCCAGGGAUGAGCUUGACACGGAAAUGGGCAAGCUCGUAGCGCUCCCCAAAGUUCCACCAGUGCUUGUUUCGCACGAGCCGUUCGACCAGAUGGAGAUUGACUGACACGGUGCAGAGCGUCCUGACAUGGUCUCUCUCAGCCAUGCUCUUGGGGAGGGCGUCUGCAGGUCGUGUGGACACCACAAACUGCGCCUUCCAUGGUUUCCGGUACUGUGCAGGACUCAACUUGGCCUUGAAUAUCUUCUCGAUGCCGUUGUCGGUGAUUUUAUCGCCCUUUGCUCAAGUCAGUCACUCGAGUCUACCUUUCCAGCGAUGCGGACUCCGAGAAACUUACCUUCCGGAUCAACCAUUCAAUCUGGUCAACCGCCCAUUUCUUUCCGUCCCUCUUAUCUCGAACUACUCUCUGGCCGAAAUGUCUCUGUUGGCUGUAUUUUUGAUUGACAACAACACCAUAGCUGACAGGUGCGCAGCGCUGCACAAUUGGCGUACAAUCUUGUCCUAUUUCUUGGGCACGGUAACUGACGAGUCCCUGGACUACGGCAAGCUGCCUAUGAAUGAUGAUUAGCCCCUGGUUCAAGGCAGCACAGCGAUCCACUACUCACAGGUUCUCCGCGAGAAGCAUUCGCAGGCCGCGCACGUUUGGUAUUUCGGCUCCUGCUCCAGAUUCGAAAUGCGUUUUGAUUCGGCUCUGAAUGUAUUCCGAGGCAGAAAGGCCUCCAGACAUGAUCAGAUAUGAGACUUGCUCGCCAGGGCGCGUUCUUUUCAGGGAUUUCAACUGUUCUUCAAUCAGUUCAAUUAAGCCAUCAACCUGUUCGUCGAAAAGAUGCUGGAUGGUGUCCUGAUCGAUCUCCAUAUGGGAGUCUCUAAUCCCUGCCUGCGGGUAAUCCAACCCUGUAGGGAGCCCAGUCACUGGCAGGUACAACUUUGGAGCAGUCAUGCCAGGGCUUCCAAAACUGCACUUGAAUCUCUCGAAUCUGCCUAGCAUCAUUUUCUCGGCAGUCUCGGCAGGUUGCAAAAUAUCACGAACCUGGUCCAACCGUUUGGCAAGGUGCUGCUGUACUUUUAUAUCGAUGAGGGCGGAGCCGACCUCCCGUCCUUUUGGAAUUGAGUUAGCGAAAUAACGGGUACGCGAUUCCUGGACCGACCUUCGACCUGAAGCAACUGUUCCAACUUGAGCGCCUCUCCUAUCUCAGACUUUACUUUCAUAAUAUUGACAUCCUUUCAAACAUUAGCCAGGCGACCAUCCGGUUACGGGAGUGGCCUACAUACCGUCGUACCUCCACCUGCAUCGCACACCAAGAUCACGUCGUCGCGCUCGAUGACGCUCAGCAUCAACAUAAGCCAUGCAGGUAGAUGGGACCAACCUUCAACAUUUGCUUCGCGACACAGACGGCGGCUGCCUCGGCCUCGGUCAAAGUCACCACCGAAGAAUGGUACUGGCCGUCCCUUCCGAAUCCAGCGAGCUUCAGGAUCGCUAAGAGCUCACGGACCAUUCCAGCAUGCUUCCAAGUCGUCGGAACGCUAAAGUUCCAUUCGACUCGCAUUGUCGCCCAUUGAGGAUAUCGACUUUGGAAGUAUCGGGCAAUAUGGUCAUGCACACAUCUCAUGUAGUCCAGGUAAAACCGUCUUGCGUCUUGAUGGGAGAGAUGUUUCCAUUCUCCAUAUUCAGGGUCGAGGUGGAGCUUGAAAUACUCUUUGAUGUCGGUCGCCCGAUCGGCGACGUCGACAAAGAAACCCCAAGACUUUAUGUUUGCUGUACCAUGGUUAUAUGCCAGUCGCGAUGGCGCCUUGUUGAACAGUUCAGCUGCAAUGGUCGUCCAACUUUGAAAAGUUACGGGAUUUGUCCAUGGUGCCGUGCAGUAUGCCACACCUACAUCCAGUCAGCAGUGCUCAUAUUGGCCGUGUUCAAAAUACCUGUCUGGGACAUGCCAAAGUCAACACCGAUGACGAGCUCGGGUUGCUGAGAACUGGCCAUGUUUGAUUCCUGGACCUUCUUGCAAGGUAGGAGAGCUCUCGAGGGGCAUAGGCUGACCUCUUCAGGAAUCACGAUUGCCCAACUACCCUCUCUCAGGCUGAGAAGGCAUAACCACCCCAUCGCUGAGGCAGUGUGCGCCCCCAUACGACCUUAAAAGCAGCAAGUAAAUGGUACCAUCCUUUCCUGCACGACGGAGGGGUCCAAUAUGCACGCCAGCGAGACAAGUUCGUGAUGGUCUUGUUUUGGCUAAGGCUUGCGCGAAUUGUUGCUGUGCAGGGUGGCAGUGAACCCACCCACCUCGUAUUCACGAGUCCCAGCCUCACCGUGCUCGGUGAAAAGGAAUGACCUUCACGAAGAAGCAUUCUUCAAAUGAAAUAAACGAUCGAUCAUUCUCUUCUACGGCAUUCAGGGUAGCAGACACGUUUCGAAGACACCAAGCAUGUCAACCACCGAUUCUUCCCUCGUCGGUGACACUGGCGGUCCCGGUCCUACAGGGUCGCCAAAUACCAAUCCAGCCUUACAAAAUCCCACCCCAAGUAAUUCAACAACUCCCUCAUCGUCUACCUCCCUAAGCGUCUCAUCAACCAGUCCACCAAGCAAUACAUCAACCAAUUUCUUGACGAGUUCGACUCCAAGUGCUUCGGCUUCACCCUCGGCCGCCGUGACAGACAAUCCACAAACAACCCCACCGACGGGUUCGAAUCACCUCUCUGCCGGAGGAAUAGCUGGAGUCGCCAUUGGAUGCGCCGCUCUCGGUGCUCUUCUCGCCUUCUUAUUCAUGGUGCUUCUACGUCGAAGCCAGACGAAAUCCUCGUCCAGGCAUCGCCAAGCACAUUCUCGUCUCUCAAACAAAUCUCUUAGAAGUGACAAGGACCCGGACAAGUCUCUCGCUCGCCCCAGCGUUGCCGCCAUUGCUGUCCAGCCCAACGUCAACAUCGACGCCUUCCUCCCUCAGCAGGCAGAUGAUGCCACCGUCAAGCAGAGGGUUUUGCUUCUGUUUGAUCAGAUCGAACUUCACGUCGACAAUUAUUACAGCGACCAGCCCCUACAAUUGACGCCCGAGCAACAGAGCGAGCUCUCGAGAUUCGGGACUCCAGAGCUGCCUAUGCCCUUGGGUAUUCUCCUCAACACAUCCCAGCGUAAAGUCACAAUCAUCAAGCACUGCCUCGCAUUUCAUGUCGUCCAGCUUGUCUCCCCUUCGCAUGGCUCAGACUGCCUAUUGCCCUACGAGGUCUCUAACGUGCUGGUUCUCUCCACUCCAAAAUCCGGUGAUCGUAACUUCCAUCUGGCUCUGUCUCGCUGGCGUAUGCUCACUGCAUACCUCCGCCCGGACUUGUUCGACGGCAAGGAGUCCGACUCUACUGCACAAGACGCCCAUCUGUACAACCUCGCGAAGACAUUCUCCGAUCGCUUCGCUGCGUUCAGUCAACCGCAGAAUGCGGAGCAAAAGGUCAAGCAUCUCGCCGAGGUGCUGCGGACCGCAGUGAAGGUUGCACUUUGGUUGUACUCACAGCCCGCCACGUUCAAGUUCGACUGGGGCCCGGCGUCGGAUGCCUCGCGGCGAUCAACACCGACUGUUGCCACUGUGCCCUCACUUUUGAAGACGCACGAUGGUAUGGGAGGAGAGAUUCAACCACCACAAACCAUUCAACCACUUGUCAAGAGGCGCGUGUGAAGUAAUCUCUGCUUUAUUGAAACAUGAUUGGAAAGCCUAUUCAACGCGGUAAUAACAGUCCCUGACUCGUUUUCAUAUACACAAAACUAUCAAAUCAACUUCUCCAUUUU